AUGUCAAAUCCUGACCGUCAACACACUCGUCCUGCAACUCCCUGGCUCGGACCCUCGGAAGAAUUAUCCGACCCUGAAGUCGAAGAAGUGAUGUCGCUUAACGGGUCGGAAAGUGACACUUUUUCCCUACCUCCUGCUUUUGAGAUCGAAGAGGACUUCCACCCUCAGCCUUCUGUCGACAUUUAUCAACAAAAAUACGACGAGACAGGACUACCGAUAUUCGAUUUCUCCAAUUGGGGUAAUGAUCAUGAAGAGCAAGAACAAAGAGAAGAACCAGAACAAGAACCAGUGGAUAGUCUCACAAGUGGACUUUCUCUUAUGGAUUUCAAUUCCACCGUGGUAAAUCCGACUUCUGCUUCUGACAGUGCUAAUAUAGGGGCGGUGACGGCUCCCCGUACACGCACAAGACGAACCAAUAGUAGAAGUGUGCGAUUCGUAGAAUCAUCUAAUGAUCCCUUGAACUCAAGCGGUCCGACAAGUCCAAUCAGUCCAAGAACCAGAACGCGUUUUGGGGUAAGGUCUCAAACCCAGGACAAGGCUCGAGCAACGAGAAAAAGGACAACUCGUCUGCGAAAUAUGCAACAAACUCGCGGGGUGGAUCCAGAAUAUGUGAAUCGUCUUGACGAAUAUCGCGCUCGAUCAAGUGUUCCAUUGUUCACUCCUGAACAAACUGGACAAAUCGGUACAUUUGGAACUUUCGGAACUUUCGGACCUUUCGGGCAAAGUGGGACGAACCAAUCCGAAGUCGGUGAAGAUGAUGAUAUUGAAUCAGGUCCCGGUUUCGAUGAACCUCAACAACUCGAAAGACAGAGGGCUCGUUUGCUAGGGUUGCAAACUGAUGACGAUUACUGA